AAAAAAAAACUGAUUUGAUUUUAAUUUUAAUUUAUCCGUAUCCAGACAUAUGACAAAUCUUCAAGUAGUAAACUAAUAAUCUGAAAUUAUACAUAAUCUAAAUGUCUAAAACCAAACCGGGUUGGUGGGUCCGAGAUCCCCUCGAUUUCACAACCUGCUUAAGAGAGAACCGGCAUCGAACCAACAGCUACGCAUCAAUUACUUUUUGAUUAGCUGUAAUAGCAAAAGUACAAUCAAACGCACGGCGUUACGGGUGACGACGAAGUGGAUUCGGUGGUGGUAGUCAGAUUCCAUCCCUCAUCAAUGAUCACGAAUAGUUUUGCAUUCUAUCUAAAACACAUGGUUCAUGAAGAGAAACCGAAUCAGGCUCGGUCCACGUUGAAGAAAGAUGAGAUAAGCCAUUUACCUAAUGAUCUGACAUGUCAGAUACUUUCUCUUCUCUCCACAAAGGAAGCUGUUAAGACUAGUGUUUUGUCCACUCGAUGGAGGCAUCUCUGGCUUUCCCUUCCUAGUUUGGAGUUGAGAUCUCGAGAGUUCUCUGGUCUCAAAAGCUUUACGACUUUCGGUGACAGAUUCUUCAAUUCCAAUAGUAUUUCGUGCAUUCAGAAAGUCAAGUUAACUAUUGAUAUAAAAGACGUAGACGAUGGUUAUUGUCUCACGUCAUGGUUUGAUGCUGCGGUCAAGCGUAAGAUCCAACAUCUGCAUGUUCAUUCUUACUCUUACGCAGACCGUCGGUUUAACAAGAUGCCACAAAGACUUUACAACUGUGAGACGCUGGUUUGCUUAAAGCUCUUCCAAGUGGCCUUGGCUGAUGCUGAGUUCGUUUCCUUACCUAGUCUGAAGGCUAUGUACUUGGAAUAUAUCGAGUUUCCUAAUGAGGCAACUUUUGAGACGCUUGUCUUAUGCUCCCCCGCGCUGGAAUGUUUAAAGAUCGUCGUAUCCGGUGACGAUGAAAAAGUCUUUCGGGUGCACUCUCGGUCAUUGAAGAGGCUCACUUUCGAUCGAGUUUCUCCUUCCGUGUUUGAUUCAGCAGGAGUUGUUAUUGAUGCUCCUCGGCUAUGCUUUAUGACCAUCAAGGAUAACGUAUCGAAAAGCUUCAUAAUACACAAUAUUGAGUCCAACAGCGUCUUAGAAAUUUCUCUCAUCGGUUUUGUCCGUUCGAUAGAAAUUGAGGAUGAGUUUUUCGACGAUAUGUAUGACGAAUACGUUCCAUUGAGGAGAAGUAACAUCCACAAGUUUCUCCAUGCGAUCUCGAUGGCCAAGAGUAUGAAAAUAAGUAGGGGGACUUUCAAGAUUAUGUGUCACUACACGAAACUCGAACCGUUGCCUCAGUUUGGUAACAUGUCCUACCUGGAUAUCACUCUUUGUCUACACGAUUUUCAAUGGUUACCAGCCUUUCUCGAGAGCUUCCCAAACUUGAAGUACCUCGUCUUGGUAUGCGAUGACAGAGAAGAGGAUCACGACGUUCCUAGUGAGGAGAUUGAUCAAGUGAGUUUCUCAUCUGUGCCUGAAUGUUUGGUAUCGUCUCUCGAGUUUGUUGAUUUGAUAGCACCAGUCCAGUAUGAUGUUGAAAUGAAGCUGGUAAAGUACUUGUUAAAGAAUUCGGCUGUCCUCGAGAAACUCAUUCUACGUUUGGCUUCUAAUAAUUCAAGAAGAGACGAUAGGUUGAAGAAACUAGUCAAAUUCCCAAGAGCCUCUACCAAAUGUAAAGUCGUCAUCCUCUGAUUUGUAGAGAGGUUUGUCUCUGACAUGGUUAAAAGGUUGGCUAGGCUUUUAUAUUUGAAAAGACAUUGAUGAAAAUGAAACGGUUUUAUGGAUGUGCGUAUCAGUUUUAUGGCAACGGUUUUUGCUCCUACAGGUUUCU